GAUUUCUGAGCCUGGAGAUGAGGGCUGGUAGAGCUCAGGUAUGGCAAAAGUUGUGACACUUGGGCAGAAGCUGCAGCUGCAGAACCUGGUGGCUGGAGAUAAGUGAUGGUACCAUUUAAGCACCUGCUGGAAACAGGGCAGGAGGAACAGUAACCCACGGACAGUACAGGCUGGUGCCAAGAUGCGGAGAUGACGCCUCCAGAGGCCCCGGCCUCCCUCCUGCCCGGGUGCUAGGAGCCAUCCCCGGGCUCUGGCUAGGAGCCCUGCUCCCCAGGGGCAUGGCCAAACCUUUCUUCCGACUCCAGAAGUUUCUCCGCCGAACACAGUUCUUGCUGUUCUUCCUCACAGCUGCCUACUUGAUGACCGGCAGCCUAUUGCUGCUGCAGCGGGCCCGAGUGGCCCUGCCUCAGGGUCCCCGGGCUCCCGGCUCCUUGCAGGCCUUACCCGUGGCUGCCAUGGCACUAGGUGUGGGCCUGCUGGACAGCAGAGCCCUGCAAGGCCCUCGUGUCAGCCCAGAGCUGCUGCUCGGUGUGGACGUGCUACGGAGCCCCCUGGCCCGGCCCCGGUCUGGACCCCGCUGGCUCCGGAGCCGCAACUCAGAGCUGCGCCAGCUGCGGCGCCGCUGGUUCCACCACUUCAUGGGUGACGACUCCCAGGGGCCACCUGCCCUGGGCCCUGAAGCCUCCCGGCCAGCCGCCAGCAGCCGAGGCACAUAUGUUGGAUGCUUCAGUGAUGAUGGCCAGGAGAGGACUCUGAAGGGGGCCGUAUUUUUUGACUUGAGAAAGAUGACCAUCUCCCACUGCCAGGAUGCCUGUGCUGAGAGGUCCUACACAUAUGCUGGCUUGGAAGCCGGGGCAGAGUGCUACUGCGGGAACCGGCUCCCAGUGAUGAGUGUCAGGCCAGAGGAGUGUAACCAUGAGUGCAAGGGGGAGAAGGGCUCCGUGUGCGGGGGUGUUGGCCGGCUCUCUGUGUACCGAGUGGAGGAGCUGCAGCCAGGCUCCAGGAAGCGGAGGACCGUCAUGUACCGAGGGUGCUUCAGACUGCCGGAGAACAUUACACACGUCUUCCCUGACUCCCUGAUACAGGCGAACGUGACAGUGGAGACAUGCUCGGGAUUUUGUUCCCAGAAAGAGUUUCCCUUGGCCAUCCUCAGGGGCUGGGAGUGCUACUGUGCUUACCCCACCCCCCAAUUCAACCUGCGGGAUGCUGUGGACAGCUCACUCUGUGGCCAGGAGCCUGAGGCACAGAGGCUGAUGGAGUACUGCAAGGUCUACCAGACACCUGUGCAAGACACUCGGUGCACAGACAGGAGGUUCCUGCCCACCAAAUCCAAAGUGUUCGUGGCUUUGUCGAGCUUCCCAGGAGCUGGGAACACCUGGGCACGGCACCUCAUUGAGCAUGCUACUGGCUUCUACACCGGGAGCUACUACUUUGACGGAACUCUGUACAACAAAGGGUUUAAGGGUGAGAAGGACCACUGGCGAAGCCGGCGCACCAUCUGUGUGAAGACCCAUGAGAGUGGCAAGAGGGAAAUUGAAAUGUUUGACUCUGCCAUCCUGCUGAUCCGGAACCCUUACAGGUCACUAGUAGCUGAAUUCAACAGGAAGUGUGCCGGGCACCUGGGCUAUGCAGCUGACCGAAACUGGAAGAGCAAAGAGUGGCCGGACUUCGUCAAUAGCUACUCCUCGUGGUGGUCCUCACACGUCCUGGACUGGCUCAAGUAUGGCAAGCGGCUGCUGGUUGUGCAUUACGAGGAGCUGCGGCACAGCCUGGUGCCCACACUGCGGGAGAUGGUGGCCUUCCUCAAUGUGUCAGUGAGUGAGGAGAGGCUGCUCUGUGUGGAGAACAACAAGGAAGGCAGCUUCCGGCGGCGUGGCGGGCACCCUCAGGACCCCGAGCCCUUCACCCCAGAGAUGAAGGACUUGAUCAAUGGCUACAUCCGGACGGUGGACCAGGCCCUACGUGACCACAACUGGGCCGGGCUGCCCAGGGAGUAUGUGCCCAGAUGAUAGGCCAGCUGCUCUGCCCACCCCACUGAGAGCCAGCCGCCCCCAGGGUAGCACCUACACAGAUGCGCGAGUGGCAGCCUCACUGGGACACAAAGCUGCCUGUGCCACCAGCAAGAAGGCUCACCCGGGUGCUACCUCCCUCACAUGCAGGGAGACAGGACAUAAGCCCUUAGCCCACCCAGGCAGACCCGAUAUCACAGGACAGACAAAAAUGGACACACACUCCUAGCUAGGCAUGCUUAGACAUGCCACUCUGCUCUCAUGGUGCCCGUUUGACACCGCCAAGCCACCGGGCAGGGUGUGCCAGCCACUCCCAGACUUGCAGAUGCAGUUACACACAGAUACUAGGUUAUACGUUCCCAGAGGCUGUUGGUCUGUCUUUCUCUCUCACAUACAGACACGCAUGUGUAUCAGGGCUCUCGGAGGGCCUGGAUUUCUUGUUUACAGCCACGGGCAUGGACUUGCUGGCCAGAAUCCUUGACUGUGGUAUGCUGGGCUGGGCAGCCAUUCAUGCUCUGAGCCUCAAGGACCUGGGCGUGGAGGUGGGUUCAUGGACUGUUGCUGCUGGGCCACGAGGCCCUGAAUGUGUGUCUGAUGUCCCAUAAAUAUGUGUGAUAUGACAACUGGGCGCCAUGAACUCUGCAGCCCUGCCUCCCCCUUCUCUGCAGAUGGGCUGGCCACACUGUGGGCAGAGCGGAGCGCCCCUAAUAUACACACCAACCUCAGGAUCCACCGAAA